AUGCCGAGGUACAACUUCUUACUGUGCUUGAUGGUGCUCAUCUCCCUGGGACAGUCGGGGAGCGAUGAGCCCAAUCUGCUGCUGCCUCCUUCCAGCGAGACGCCCACGGAUGCCGGGCUGUCUCUGCUGGACGAGGACGCCGGUGCCCACGAGUGCUCCGCCUGUGUGUGGAGGGAGCAGAGCAAAGUGCUGAGACUGGAGACCAUCAAGUCCCAGAUCCUGAGCAAGCUGCGCCUGAAACAGGCGCCCAACAUCAGCCGGGAGGUGGUCAAUCAGCUGCUGCCCAAGGCGCCUCCGCUCCAGCAGCUCCUGGACCACCACGACUUCCAGGGAGACGCGUCGUCCCAGGACGAGUUUAUGGAAGAGGAUGAGUACCACGCCACCACGGAGUCCGUGAUCACCAUGGCCUCUGAGCCGGAGCCACUGGUGCAGGUGAAUGGGAAGCCCAGCUGCUGCUUCUUCAAGUUCAGCCCCAAACUGAUGUUCACCAAGGUGCUGAAGGCCCAGCUGUGGGUGUACCUGCGACCGCUGCAGCAGACCUCCACCGUCUACCUGCAGAUCCUCCGGCUCAAGCCCGUCACGGAGCAGGGUAGCCGCCACAUCCGCAUCCGCUCCCUGAAGAUAGAGCUCAACUCCAGGGUCGGCCACUGGCAGAGUAUUGACUUUAAGCACGUGUUGCAGAACUGGUUCAAACAGCCGCACACCAACUGGGGAAUCGACAUCAAUGCCUUUGAUGAGAGCGGCAAUGACCUGGCAGUUACCUCACUGCGACCCGGGGAGGAGGGGCUGCAGCCGUUCCUGGAAGUGAAGGUUCUUGAGACGACCAAACGUUCUCGGAGAAACCUUGGCCUGGACUGUGACGAGCACUCCACCGAGUCCCGCUGCUGUCGCUACCCUCUGACUGUGGAUUUCGAGGCGUUCGGCUGGGACUGGAUCAUUGCCCCCAAACGCUACAAAGCCAACUACUGCUCCGGCCAGUGCGAGUACAUGUUCAUGCAGAAAUACCCGCACACCCACCUGGUGCAGCACGCCAACCCCCGAGGCUCCGCAGGGCCCUGCUGUACCCCGACCAAGAUGUCCCCCAUUAACAUGCUCUACUUCAAUGACAAGCAGCAGAUCAUCCACGGCAAGAUCCCGGGGAUGGUGGUGGAUAGAUGUGGCUGCUCUUAGGCUGCAGGGGAGACGCACACUUGUGUACAGCCACCAUUGCAUCAAACCACCCAAAACCCUUAUGGAGCUCUCCCCUGGCACCAGAACCCACUCCUCGGCACCAGAUGUCACAUUUGCUCAGCCACAAAAACAUCCCACUGGGUUUCCAUUUUUCCAGUAAUUAAAUUGAUUCUAAAUGUAAAAAAAAAUUAUAAAUGAAAUAUGAAUCAAAAAAGGACUGAGUGAUGGAAAUACAGUACAUUAUGAAUGAUUUAAAGAGGUUGUACUUGUGGAGAAGCUUCAAAAAAAUGGUAAAUGAGACAAAACUAUGUUAUAGAGUAUGUGUUAGUUUUGUGGGGUUUUUUAAGACUUUUUUUUUUUUUUUAAAUGGCAUCUUUGUGAAAUGUCCAGGUUAGUGGAUUGAGAUGACAGGAGACAAAAGCAUUUACAGUCCUAAGGAGAAGGGGUUUAAAGAAGUUUUGGAAAUACUUUAUUUCACAGAUACACUUACUUACGGGUGAGAUUUGAUCCACAAAAAAAAAAAUGUUUGCAAGGGGGCAUGAUCAGAAUUAUUUUGCAAUUCAUCACUUUAACAAAAACUCUUAAAACAGAAUUCAUGCUAAUGUGAGGAGAGUUUACUCUUAGGAAUACUGUUAGGAUAAAUCCCAAAUCUUGUUUACAGAUGUUUAGAGAUGUGCUUUAGAGAUGUUAAGUGUUAAGGAGAUCCAAAACCAAACCUAUACCCUCUAUUAAUGUAUAACACCCCAGUGUGACAUUCUCGAGUAUCUACGAAACCUUUUCACAGUCACUUUGAUCUUUUUUUAUUUGUAGUCUUGUAAAACUCAAAAAGGAAAAAGGAGAGAAGAGGUUACGCUGUUUUAACUCUAUCUUUCAAAGCAGAUAAAUAAAGUCGUUGUAGCUAUUUCUGCCAUUCUGCAAAAGUAGACAAUACGGAUUUAAGUUUGACUUGCACACUAAAAUCUGAAACAGAACUGUAAUGUAGAUGCACUCUGAGGUCACUCGGCACCGUCUGGAAGAGGAGGAGGAGGAGGGCACGUCCUGCAGGACGACAAGAACCUGACAUUUUUCUUUCUUCUGUGUAACAAAGGAAAAUACACUUUAACACAUUCAGCUUUUGUAUUAAAUGUUUAAAACAGAGAAGAAAAUGCACUGUUUCAUAACUUGAAGAGGCCUGGGAUUGAGCAAGUAAUAACAAACAGACAGCAAAACAUACAAGGGUGCCAGUUUGCUCAAAUACUCAACCUGCUGUAACAUGAGUGAGCAGAAAAUAGUACAAAAUAUAAUGACAGUAUUAUCACUAGAAGUUUACAUGUUCAUACUUGCAGCAGUGUUCACAUAAAAACAUACACUUAAAUUAAGAAAGAGCAGUAACUCCAUUACUCCUGUCAAGCAAGUUCACUCACUUUUUCUCAAAGCAAGUUUCAGAAAAUAUAAAAAGAAAAAUGCAAAAUCCUUUUACUGCAGUACUGUAUUCAUAAAAAAAAAUAGCUUUUAUAAUUCACAACAAACCACACACAAAAAAAAUCAAGAGAAUGUAACUCAACACUGACUUUAGUUUAGAGAACAUGUUUGAAUGCAUUUUGAAAUGCCCCCAUCCACCUCAACCUUGACUGUGUCAUCAUUAUCAUAAUGGAGAAAAUAUUGUUAGUUAGUGCUUAAACACAGAGUAGAUUAGUACGCUUGAAGUCUGUCUUUGUCUCCUGGAUGUCAAAGCAAAGAUAUCCUUUUGUUGUAAACGAAAGCACUAUGCUGUUGGAUAAAGGAAGCGCCUUCUGACAUUAUAUAUAAAUUAUAUAUGUAUAUAUUAAAAAGGGGUACAAAAACCUUUUUUUGGGGCACUCUACCUUACCAACAAUAAAUUUUGCACUAUGGGACGUUCAUGGCGUGAGGAGGUAAAGUGUUGUUUGUGUUUUACCAAGCACAAGAGAGCUUGUACAGUAUAGGAUAAAAAAAAAACUAUUCAAGCUUCUUGGUGAUAAACCAUACGGAUAAACUAGAAAGGUUAUCACUUCUUUUUGAUACCAUCACGCUUUCCUGACUUUUGUCUGAAGCGGGGGCCUGUCCAUACACUCACACACUUCUAUCCAAUCUGGAACCUGGACGUACUGUACCAGCGGCCUGAAAGGCCUCCUUGCCCACUUUGGGUGAUAAGUCAUGUGUGUAAUAAGUGUCUGGAUCAAUGAACAUAGAAUGCUUUAACUGGAAAUGGCCCGCCCACCAACUUUAAUCUGUUACCAUGUUAGAGAGACUACGUCCUUUUGACUUAAACAAUGUGUCGACUGUCUUGCAUAGACAUGUUUUGCCUUUGUGUGUAUUUUAAGUGAAAGCACCCAUGUAAGAAUGGGAGGAGUAUCCAGGGAUUGUUAGCCAAAGUAGAGGAUGACAUGUUGUGUGCUGUAACUUUUGUGAUCGCAGGAAUAUGCUAGAACAUUUCAAAGGGAGGAAAAAAAGCUGUUAGGGGCAGUGGUUGGAAAUAAUUCAACUGGUCAAUUGUCUAUUUAUUAAUAUUAAUUACAAUGCAUUUCAAAGUCUGUCUACCUCACUUUAGCCUUCUAAAAAAAAACUUGCUUUUUUAAAAUUUGUCAUCGAUUAAUCUGUGCAAACA